GUGUGUUUGGUGUAUAUAUUUGUGGCAAAAUUCUUUUGCUACAAGUAGCAAUAUUUAUUAUUAUUUUCGAAUUUUCUGAAAAAAAAUUUCAUUCAACCUCACUCACACGGAAUAGACAGAAUUAUUAAGAGAAAAAAAAAUGAUGAUUUAUCAUACAAAACUGAAAAAUCUAAUCACUGCUCAUCAGUCGGUGUAUGCAAAAUUAUUACAUGAUAAUCCAAAUGAUUUACAGAAAAAUCAUCUUCGAAAAUUAUUGAGUCAAAUACAAAGAAAUAUUCAAAAACUUAUACGGGAUAAAAAUUAUGAAAUUUUACAAAAUAAUAAUAAUAAGAAAAAAUUGGAAAAAGAGAUUCGACAAAGAAGAAAAAAAUCAACAACAACAACGACGAAAAAGAAAAAAUCAUCAUCACCAUCAAAUCGUGUGAUUAAAAGUCGAAAUUCGAUUCGAUAUUUUAUUCGUCGUGAUCGAAUCGAUAAAAAUGAUCGUUUGGAUCAUCGAUUAUUAUCAUCGGCUAUUGUUGAUUAUUCGAUUCUAAUCAACCAUGAUGAUGAACAAAAAUUUUGUCGAAUUUCGAAUGAAAAAACGACGACGACCAACGACAACAAUAAUAAACAAGAUAAUGAAUCCAGAAUAAAAGAAUCGAAUAAAAAUGAUCAAGAUUCUGAUCAUUCAUCAUCAGUUGAUUUGGAUCAAAAUAAUAAUGAUAAUAAUAAUAACGAUGAUGCAAAACAUCAUCCUCCAUGUAAUGGUCAUGGUAAAAGUAUUGAUGCAAAAGAAGAUUUUUUACGAAUGUUAGAUUUGGUACAUAAAAUUGAUUUGGAAAAAAUGGCCAAUUGUAAAAAACCAAGAAAACGUCGUACAACAGCUAAUCCACAAUUUUCACAUGCAGCUAUUGAAGCUAAACGUAUUACCCAAAUGGAAAUUGCUAAUGAACGUAGACAUCGUCGACGUUUAGCACUUGAAACUAAACAACAACGACGACAUUCAAAACAACAGAUCAAUAAUAAUAAAACAUUAUCAUCAUCAUCAUCAUCGAAACAACCAAAUGAUUAUAUUAAAUCGAUAAAUAUUUUCAAACCAGCAAACGAAAUGUUUCCAGGCCUUUUUAAUAUAAUGACCGAUCCAAAUAUGGAACAUCAUGAUAAUCGUUGUAAAUUAUGUUCAGAAUUAUGUAAUUAUAUUGAUGAUACGAUUGUUUUAUGUCAACAAUGUUUAUCAAUGUUUCAUGUUAAUUGUUUGGAACGAAAAUAUUUUAUCCAUAUGAAUGGCCAUGAUGAUUCGGAUCGAAUUCGUUGCUGUAUUUGUCCAUCAUCAUCAUCAUCAUUGAUUACAUUCGAUAACGAUAAAUUGUUUAACGCAGAAAAUUUGAUGAUAAAAUUGGCACAAAUUCGAAAAGAAAUUCUUUUAUCAUCGAAUGCAAAUUAUUGUCUACAACAAUUUCUCAAGAAAAAACAAUGCAAAAAAGAAAAACUUUUAGCCGAUCUGGAUCGAUUACAUCGUAUCAAUGAUCGUAUUGUUAAUAUAUCCACCAGAUUAAACAGCAUCGAUUGUGGUGAACAUCAAAAAAUUGAUAACAAUGAUGACCAAAUUGAUUGCAUCCAUCAAAAUGAUGAUGACCAAAUUGAUUGCAUCCAUCAAAAUGAUGAUGAGAUUGAUCAUCAUCAUCAACCAAAAUCGAACGUUCGAAUUUCAAAAUUAUCAAAUUAUGAUAGUAUCGAUUCAAUCGAUAGAAUCGAUAUUCAUUCACAUCCGAAACAAUCUCAAGAAGCCAACAACACCACCACCACUACCAACAAUAAUAAUGUUCGGGUUGACCAAGAAUAUUCUAUAUUAUCAUUUUGUGCAUGAAUUUCAUUUUAUUUUUUGU